AUGGCUAGACAAUUCAAGAUUCCUCCCCAGUAUCAUUUCCCAGGCCAAGCGACCAACUUAUCCUCUCACAUUAGCAUGGCUAACAAGAUAGUGAAAGAGAAGCUUACUCCCAUUCAGCUUGCCCUCUACAAAAAGAUGGUAUUUGGGCGAUUCAUCGACACGGACAUUAUCUUCAACAGUCCAUUGGUCCACUACAUUCUAUUGAGGGAGGUUGUAGACGAUAGGAAGGAUGCAAUGACCUUCAAUUUGAAUGGUACGGUUGUAACAUUCUCCAAAGAAGACUUCUUGUUAGUGAUGGGAUUGUGGCGAUCACCUAAUCCAACAGUUGUGAAGAGGGUUGAAGCACUUGGAUCACUGCAUGGUAGGUACUUCAAGAAUGAUUUUGCGGGAGAUAUUUACAUUGCUACCUUAGAGACAGUGUAUAAAGAGAUGGAGUUUGAGAACGACAUGGAUGCUGUGAAGAUAAUAUAG